CAUGCUCAGUCGCUGGCUGAGCGGCUGGUGGAGCAGAGCGCGGGCGGAGCGCAGACCGGUCUGCGCCGAGAGGGCUGAGCGGAGCUUGCAGCCCCAACCGAGCGGAGCCGAGAGCAGCCGAGAGGAGCCGAGCGUCGGUCUUGGGGAGACAUGCAGAUGAUGACUAGGAACGUCCUGCUCAACAUGGAGCUGCAGGAGGACGACGAUGAGGAUGGAGACAUCGGUGAUGUUCCUGACUCCAGGAGGCCUUUUCUGGCUCCUCAUACUCUUCUACCAUCCGGUCUGGUGCUGGAAAACUUUGACCAGACAAUUGUCUGUCCCACCUUUGGCUCACUGGAGAACCAGCAGGAUUUCCGAACUCCAGAGUUUGAAGAAUUUAAUGAAAAGCCCGACUCCCUCUUUUUUACUGACGGCCAGAGACGAAUUGACUUCGUUCUUGUGUAUGAAGAUGAAACUAAAAAGGAGAACAAUAAAAAGGGCACAAAUGAAAAACAGAAGAGGAAAAGACAAGCGUAUGAGUCUAACCUCAUCUGCCACGGCCUGCAGCUGGAGGCAACACGCUCAGUCUCCGAUGACAAGCUUGUGUUCGUGAAGGUGCACGCGCCCUGGGAAGUGCUGUGCACUUAUGCUGAGAUCAUGCACAUCAAACUCCCCCUAAAGCCGAAUGACCUGAAACUGCGCUCGGCCUUUGGCACCCUCAACUGGUUCACCAAGGUCCUCCGCGUGAACGAGAGUGUCAUCAAGCCGGAGCAGGAGUUCUUCACAGCGCCAUUCGAGAAGAGCCGCAUGAAUGAUUUUUAUAUCCUGGACAGGGACUCCUUCUUCAACCCCGCCACCAGAAGCCGCAUUGUCUAUUUCAUCCUCUCUCGGGUCAAAUACCAAGUGAUGAACAACGUUACCAAGUUUGGGAUUAACAGACUGGUCAGUUCCGGAAUCUACAAGGCAGCGUUCCCUCUGCACGAUUGCAAAUUCAACUAUGAGUCGGAGGACCCCAGCUGUCCUAGCGAGCGUUACCUUCUGUACAGGGAAUGGGCUCAUCCUCGGAGCAUAUACAAGAAGCAGCCCUUGGAUCUUAUCAGGAAGUAUUAUGGAGAGAAGAUUGGAAUCUACUUUGCUUGGCUGGGCUAUUACACGCAGAUGCUCCUGCUAGCGGCUGUGGUGGGCGUGGCCUGCUUCCUCUAUGGCUAUCUCAAUCAAGAUAACUGCACUUGGAGCAAAGAGGUCUGUGAUCCUGAUAUCGGCGGCCAGAUCCUGAUGUGUCCCCAGUGCGACAGGCUGUGUCCUUUCUGGAGGCUGAAUAUCACCUGUGAAUCUUCUAAGAAAUUGUGCAUCUUUGACAGUUUUGGGACCCUGAUCUUUGCAGUAUUUAUGGGAGUGUGGGUCACAUUAUUUCUGGAGUUCUGGAAGCGGCGCCAGGCAGAGCUCGAGUACGAAUGGGACACUGUUGAGCUACAGCAGGAGGAACAGCCCCGGCCGGAGUACGAAGCCCAGUGCAAUCACGUGGUAAUCAACGAGAUCACUCAGGAGGAGGAGCGAAUCCCGUUCACUACCUGUGGGAAGUGCAUCCGGAUCACCCUGUGUGCCAGUGCCGUCUUCUUCUGGAUCCUGCUCAUCAUCGCGUCUGUGAUCGGCAUCAUCGUCUACAGGCUCUCGGUGUUCAUCGUGUUUUCCGCCACCCUCCCCAAGAACCCCAACGGCACAGACCCGAUCCAGAAGUACCUAACCCCGCAGAUGGCCACCUCCAUCACGGCCUCCAUCAUCAGCUUCAUCAUCAUCAUGAUCCUGAACACCAUCUAUGAGAAGGUGGCCAUCAUGAUCACCAACUUCGAACUCCCGAGGACGCAGACCGAUUAUGAGAACAGCCUCACCAUGAAGAUGUUCUUGUUUCAGUUCGUCAACUACUACUCAUCCUGCUUCUACAUCGCGUUCUUUAAGGGCAAAUUUGUGGGCUAUCCGGGGGACCCGGUGUAUUGGCUGGGGAAGUACAGAAAUGAAGAGUGUGACCCAGGAGGCUGUCUCCUCGAACUGACGACACAGUUGAUAAUCAUCAUGGGAGGAAAGGCCAUCUGGAAUAACAUACAAGAAGUUUUGCUCCCAUGGGUCAUGAAUCUAAUCGGACGAUAUAAAAGAGUUUCGGGAUCAGAAAAGAUAACCCCGCGAUGGGAACAGGAUUACCAUCUGCAGCCCAUGGGCAAGCUGGGAUUGUUCUAUGAGUAUCUUGAAAUGAUUAUUCAGUUUGGGUUCGUCACCUUAUUUGUGGCCUCUUUCCCACUGGCUCCCCUGCUGGCUCUGGUGAAUAAUAUACUGGAAAUAAGAGUGGACGCCUGGAAGCUGACAACUCAGUUCAGACGCAUGGUACCAGAAAAAGCCAAGGAUAUCGGCGCGUGGCAGCCCAUCAUGCAAGGAAUAGCCAUCCUGGCUGUGGUGACCAACGCCAUGAUCAUUGCUUUCACAUCGGACAUGAUUCCCCGCCUGGUGUACUACUGGUCCUUCUCCGUCCCUCCCUACGGGGAACACACACACUACACCAUGAAUGGCUACAUCAACAACACUCUCUCCGUCUUCAACAUCACCGACUUCAAAAACACAGACAAAGAAAACCCAUACAUUGGGCUUGGUAACUAUACCUUGUGCAGGUACCGGGACUUCCGAAACCCACCUGGGCACCCACAGGAGUACAAACACAACAUCUACUACUGGCAUGUGAUUGCUGCCAAGCUGGCCUUUAUCAUCGUCAUGGAGCACGUCAUCUACUCUGUGAAGUUUUUCAUUUCGUACGCCAUUCCAGAUGUGUCAAAGGUCACGAAGAGCAAGAUCAAGAGGGAGAAAUACCUCACGCAGAAGCUCCUUCACGAGAGUCACCUCAAGGACCUGACCAGAAACAUGGGGCUCAUCGCCGAGAGGGUGGGAGAGGUGGUUGACAACAACGUGCGUCCAAAACUGGAAUGACCGGGAGCUUUGUGUCCCGAGAAGCACUUUAGAAGCAGCUGGCCGGCAGGCGUGCCGUGGCCGCUACCCAGGAUGCUCACAUGCAGGCGAUCAGAGUCUACACCAGGCCUAUUUCCACGUGGAUCAUUCUUACAGUUCCCGCCAGCAGUGCAGGAGCUGGGAACUGGAGACUUGAUCAAGAAGGCAUAAAACUACCUACCUGGACAACCUGAAUCUGUUCCUUUUUUUUUUUUUUUUUGGUCUCAAGCUCAGUGCUCCUUUCCUGUGCUUGAUUUUGUAUUUUGCCAAAUCUAUCCAAGAUGUAUUUCGUCCUGAUGGACGGUACCAUGGCCGAAGACCUGGCAUACCUCAGCCUUAAUUGUUUUUGUGUUAUCAACAAUAGCGAGCUCGGAGUUGAGUUUGGAUGCUGUGUCAGGGUCCAGGUAGAAUCAAGAGUUCACAGUAUUUCAGUGUCUUACCGUACCGCUAAGGAAGGCUUCGCUGCGUGAGAAACAGCUUCUUCCUCAUUUUAGCCUGUAUUUCUGCCUCCGAGAAAUACCCGUCUUAGAUUGGCAUGAAGAUGGAGGAUAUUGAAUGAAGCCUGUCCCUUGUCACUCCUCAGUGACUCCUGCCUUCGAGAAGCACUCCCAGCAUGCUCUGGGCCUGAUCAGUGUGGACUACAGAUCUAAAGGGAGUAGGAUGAGAAAGUAGGACAGUUAAUUUACCUCUUCUUGACAUGUAAGUUUCUUGGGAAGAUGAUAAUCAAAUGAUCAUAACUGCAUUGUUAUCAACAUGAUGGGCUGGGAAAGUUAAGCUCAUCGACUGUGGGAAUACUGACUUCACAGAUACAGAAGGAAGGCACUACCAAUCACCAAGCGCCUUCUGCUUGCCUCUGCAAAAGCUGGCGGCCUGAUGACACUGGGCGUGAUCAGACCAAGAGCCAGCAACCUAAUCACUAGCCAUGUCCUAUGAUCCUGUGUGGCCAGUGUCACUCACUGGGAAUCCUACUGACUUUUCUGCUUGCCACUGUGACCGGCUCCCUUGCCCUCUCCCUUGUCUUCCUAGGCCUGUUCACAACUGUGCCAGAGACAUCCCACCUGGAUUGCUGCCCUUUGAGGAAGGAGAGCCUGGAUUUAAUUUGAGCCCCAGCCUCCUCUCAGGCCGUCAGGCGGCUGAGGGAAGAGCUGGUCUUUCUGCUGGUGGCUUGCCGCUAAGUCCCAGCUCCCUGGUGCCUUGCCCUCCCCGCUGCUCAGCUGAGCAGUGUCUCUGCAAGCCUAUCCGUGCUCAGCUUUUCCUCCAGCACAUCUGGAGGAGACAUGGCUAUCCCUCACGUCCUUGGCUGAUAACGGCGGCACUGGAUGAAGGCAGGACCUGCCUCGCACCAUUUGGGAUGGGCCUCUGCUGACAGGGGUGGUGUGAAAUGCCUGGAGCCAAGGAAGGCGAAUGGUUUUAGAGGCCUCCUCCUGAAGGCUGAGCUUUAACUACAGGGUGCAGUUUUAAAUGCCUGCCAGGAAUGGUUCUGGGUGUUUUAAGUAGCCCUGAGGGUCAGCGGAAACAUUCCCACCUCCCUUGUACGGGGAGUCUGGGACCUGCCAUACAGUGUCUACCUGUGCAGUGAUAGAAAUGACUACCCUCCCACUGAGGGAUGUUCUUAAUCCACAGCUAAACCCAGGUGCCACUCCCUGCCCCAACCCUGACUGCCCUGGCAUUCCUCACUCCCUGUGUUACCUCUUUUUCAGAGCCUGCACUUUUUUUUCUGAGGACAGGAAAGCACUCACACUUCACAUCAUGGAAAAGGAAAUCCUCCUCGCAUAUCUCUUCCCUCCUUUCUUGGUAUACACAAAGAGAACUUCGGAUGAAAAGAGUAUUUAUUCAUCUGUAUCCCCCAGCCAGGGACAGUAUAGAAAGUGCCACUGGAUAGGAAAAAACAAACAAACCUGCUUCUCUGGUGGGAUCUAAAGAGUCCCCUGGCAUCGGUGCCAUUCCUGUGAGGCCUGUGCCAAGUUGCUGAUGGAGAGAAACAGGGUAUUCCUGCAGUGAGGUUCCCGAGUCCCAGGAAAACCAAGAGCAUGACAGUGGCCAGUGAGGGAUGGACCCAGCCCUCCCCCUGUCCAGCAUGAACCACUAGAGUUUAAUCCUUUUGUAAAUGCCUUGGAUUUUAAUGGACUAAAGCAGUAGACCCAAUCAAUACUCAGGGGAUUUUACUUUAAAUGUUCCUCGGAUGUUUUCGGUAUUCCAUUAGACACAGAAGGGCCAGAGUUUGUCUUGAAACUAAACGAGGCCACCCGGUAAUGAGUGUGUCAAGUUUUCCCCUUUGCGGUGCACACGGGUCCUGGGUUUCAUAGGACAGCGGCAGAAUGUGGUAUGCCGUUAAUACACUUCUUGUGAGUUCCUUGCGUUCCUAUAGUGUGUGAAGAGAUGAAGCCGUAAACAGCUUAGUUAAGGAGGGACUGAGAUUUGUCGGUGUAAUGUUUGUAACUGAUGUUUGUUAAUUUCUAUGCAUUUUAAUAUUUUUUAAUUAUGAGCAUUUUAAUAAAUUCAGUUUUACAAACA